AUGGCUCACACUGCAACAUCCUCAAUUUCCCUGCAAAACAAUGUCCCAAAUACAAGCUUCAAAUCUCCACCAUCACCACCAACAAAACCAUUUCAGAAUAAUAUUAAAUUUUCAUUUCCACCCCUGACAUUAACUAAAGUUACACGAAUAAAAUCUUCAAGCACUACAAAGUACAAUGAAGUUAUUGUUGAUGAAGAAAUGGACAAGGUCAGGAGACUUCAAAAUGGCUCAGAUGUUCGUGGAGUGGCGUUGGAAGGCGAGAAAGGUAGGACCGUGGAUCUUACUCCACCGGCCGUGGAAGCCAUUGCGGAGAGUUUUGGGGAGUGGGUCAUAAAUGGCUUGGAAAAGGAAAAAGGACGUGUAGUUGAGGAUGUCAGAGUCUCGCUUGGUAAAGAUCCAAGAGUAACAGGAGCUUCUUUGAGCGUAGCUGUGUUUGCUGGACUUUCUCGUGCUGGUUGUAUGGUGUUUGAUAUGGGACUGGCUACUACUCCUGCUUGUUUUAUGAGCACAUUGCUGCAUCCUUUUGCCUAUGAUGCUUCUAUAAUGAUGACAGCUUCACACCUGCCAUACACUCGAAAUGGUCUAAAAUUUUUUACAAAGAAAGGAGGGCUAACCUCGCCGGAGGUAGAGGAGAUAUGCGAGAAAGCAGCACGGAAGUAUGCGAACAGGCUUAUGAAAGUGUCGACAUUAUUAAAUACUCCACCAACGAGAGUGGAUUUUAUGAGCACUUAUGCGAAGCAUCUCCGGGACAUCAUCAAGGAGAGGGUGAACCAUCCCUUGCACUAUGACACCCCUCUCAAAGGAUUUCAGAUCAUUGUCAAUGCUGGAAAUGGAUCAGGAGGUUUCUUCACAUGGGAUGUACUAGACAAGCUUGGUGCAGACACCUUUGGUUCCCUACACUUAAAUCCAGAUGGAAUGUUCCCUAAUCACAUUCCCAAUCCCGAGGACAAAACCGCCAUGGCACUUACGAGAGCUGCUGUCCUGGAUAAUUCGGCUGAUCUUGGAAUUGUCUUCGAUACAGACGUUGACCGAAGUGGUGUUGUCGAUAGCAAAGGUAAUCCAAUUAAUGGUGACAAGCUCAUUGCCUUGAUGUCUGCUAUUGUCCUGAGAGAACACCCUGGAACUACUAUAGUGACUGAUGCAAGAACAAGCAUGGCGCUUUCAAGAUUUAUUACUGAUAGAGGUGGCCAACAUUGCUUAUACCGCGUUGGUUAUAGAAAUGUGAUUGAUAAGGGAGUUCACCUUAAUGAGGAUGGGAUUGAAGCACAUCUUAUGAUGGAAACAUCAGGACAUGGUGCUCUUAAAGAGAAUUAUUUCUUAGAUGAUGGGGCGUAUAUGGUAGUGAAAAUUAUCAUUGAAAUGGUACGAAUGAAACUAGCCGGAUCCGAUGAAGGUAUUGGUAGUCUUAUAAAAGAUCUAGAAGAACCAAGAGAAGUUAUAGAGUUAAGAAUGAAUGUAAUAUCUGAGCCUCGACAUGCCAAGGCAAAAGCUGUUGAGGUUAUCGAGAAAUUCCGAAACUUUAUUGAGGAGGGAAAACUUGAAGGGUGGGAAUUGGACUACUGUGGAGAUUGCUGGGUAAGUGAUGGCUGCCUCGUCGACUCAAACGACACUCCAGCUGCUGUUGAUGCUUACAUGUACAGGACAAAAGUAUCUGAUGAAGAACAUGGACAACAUGGUUGGGUACACCUGAGGCAGAGCAUUCACAACCCCAACAUUGCUGUAAAUAUGCAAUCAAUGGUGCCUGGAGCUUGUCAAUCUAUGACAGAAGUUCUAAGAGAUAAGUUUCUCGUGGCAAGCGGAAUUGACAAAUUUCUAGAUAUCACUCAGAUCGAUAAGUAUGCGAAUACUGGAAUUGCGAAAUGAGAUCAAGAAGUCAAGAAUAGACGGCACAAGAUUAUUUUAGGGCACAAGUUAUAGCCAAUCAACUUUAAUUAAUGUACAGUGAGCAUGUGUAUACUGCAGUUGGAAAUGCAUGAAAAUCAAGCGAGUCUUAUUAGAAUCAUAGAGAAUAUUAUGUAUAUGUAUAUGGGAAAAUCUCUGGUAUGGCUCUAUACAAGUUCAAGUGAAAAUUGAGAUCGUAUAGAGUUUUUACAUAA